GAAAUCCGAGAUCGGGUGCAGCGCUUUGUGGAGGACCAGAUGCAGACCACUAUGUGGACCGGUGCUCUAAUUGGUGCAGCAGUGGUCACCUCCUUUAUCGCCAUCAUCGUGUGUUUACUGUACAGAAGACGAAAGGCCCAGGAAGCGCAAGCAGGGACGCCGCAUUAUCGCUUCAGGAAAAGGGACAAAGUGCUUUUCUAUGGCCGUAAAAUUAUGAGACAAGUACAGACUCUAUCCUCUCCCCCCGCCAAUGGUCCAGUUUCCCGGCAGCGCACUCGCAAGAGAACUAAAGUCCUCUCGAUAGCACGCAAAAUCCUACGCAUUCCGCAAUCCUGCCCCACCCUACAGCCCAGAGAGCCCCCUCCCUCGGUGCUGGAGGCUGACCUCACCGAGUUCGACGUCCAGAACUCUCACCUGCCCUCCGAGGUCCUGUACAUGCUCAAAAACGUCAGGCUUCUGGGUCACUUUGAGAAGCCUCUGUUCCUGGAGCUGUGCCGACACAUGGUGUUCGUGGAGCUGCAGCAGGGGGAGGUCCUCUUCCGGCCCGGCGACAUGGACGACAGCAUCUACGUGGUGCAGAGCGGACGCCUGGAGCUGCGCAUCCACGAGAGCGAUGGCACAGAUCCUGUGGUGAAGGUGGUCCUGCAAGGAGACAGCGUCCACAGCCUGCUUAGUCUCCUAGAUGUCAUCACUGGCCAUCCGGCCCCUUACAAAACAGUGUCAGCCCGAGCUGCUACCCCCUCCACCAUCUUGCGCUUGCCUGCAUCCGCCUUCAUCUCUGUCUUUGAGAAAUACCCAGAUACUCUUGUUCGCGUCGUACAGAUCAUCAUGGUGCGUCUGCAGAGGGUGACGUUCCUGGCUCUGCACAACUACCUGGGCCUGACCACUGAGCUCUUCAACCCAGAGAGCCAGGCCAUCCCGCUGGAGUCCGUGGCCAGUGUGCUGGGAGAGUCCAGCCUGCGCAGACAAUCGCAGACCCUUAGCGCAGAGGACAUAGCCCUGAGGGAGAGGGGGGUCACCAAGCCCACUGACCAGCAGAGUGACGCAGAGAGUGGAAAACCUGCGCCGUCAGACAGCCCAUCUUCUAUUUUCAGGAAGUCCCGCUCUCUCUCCACUCCCGCAGAAAACUCCAACCCAGAAGAUUCAGCAUCUGAGAUCAACAAAGCGCCUGAACGGUCCAUAAUGAAGGAGAUUCAUUCUGCAAGUUCUGUCCCUAACAAGUCCAUCCGGAAGAAGAGUGUGACCCUGCAGUCCAUGCCCUCGGCCGUGUUCCACUACACCUCGAGCUCCUCUCACGUCCACAGCAGCACCAAAGUCAACAUGAUCUUCCAGGCGGCCAAGAAAGACCUGCUCAAGGUCAUCCAACUCCAGGACCCCAGCUUGCUGGAGGGAAGGGUGUCCAUGAGGCAAGUCAAAGCAGGCACUGUGCUGGCCAGCCAAGGGGAGCAGGACGUCAGCGUGCUGUUCAUCAUCUCGGGGGCGCUGCAUGUGUACCAGCACAUGAUCGACCGCGAGGAGGAUAGCUGCCUGUUCGUGGCGCACCCUGGGGAACUGGUCGGCCACCUGUCCGUGCUCACCGGCGAGCCGCUCAUCUUCUCCGUGCGAGCCAACCGCGACUGCAGCUUCCUCAGCAUAUCUAAGGCCCACUUCUACGAGAUCAUGCGUGCUGAGCCCAGAAUGGUGACGAACGUUGCCCACAUAGUGGUACGCAGGGUCUCCCCCUUCGUGCGGCAGAUUGACUUCGCCCUGGACUGGAUGGCCGUGGAGGCCGGCAGGGCGGUCUACAGACAGGGGGAUGAGUCAGACAGCACGUUUAUUGUUCUGAGUGGGCGUCUGCGCUCCGUCAUCAUGAAGGAUGAUGGGAAGAAGGAGCUGGCUGGAGAGUACGGCCGCGGUGACCUCAUUGGGGUGGUGGAGGCGCUCACGCACCAGAAGCGGGCCACCACGGUGCACGCCGUCAGAGACUCGGAGCUGGCCAAGCUGCCUGAGGGGGCGCUCAACUCCAUCAAGAGGAUCUACCCACAGGUGGUGACUCGUCUCAUUCACCUGCUGGGCAAGAAGAUCCUGGGGAAUAUGCAGCAGGGCAACGGACCCCUGACAGCUCACGGCGCGGGCCUCCAAACUCCGGCCAGUAAAUGGGACGCAGGGAACCCGGCUUCAAACCUGUCCACCGUCACCAUCCUGCCUGCGUCCGACGAGGUGCCCCUGACCACCUUCACCCUCGAGCUCCAGCACGCCCUCCAGGCCAUAGGUCCCACUCUGCUCCUCACCAGUGACAUCAUUAGACAGCAGCUGGGUGCAGCAGCACUGGACAGUGUGCAUGAGUAUCGGCUGUCCAGCUGGCUGGGUCAGCAGGAGGACCUCCACCGCAUCGUGCUCUACCAGACGGACACCGGCCUGACGCCCUGGACCCAGCGAUGCCUCCGCCAGGCCGACAGCAUCCUCAUCGUGGGCCUGGGAGAGGGGGAGCCCACCGUGGGAGAGCUGGAGCGGAUGCUGGAGGGCAGUGCGGUGCGAGCCCAGAAGCAGCUGGUGCUGCUGCACCGUGAGGACGGGCCUGCGCCCACGGGCACUGUGGAGUGGCUCAACAUGAGGAGCUGGAUCUCCAGACACCAGCACCUCGUCUGCCCACGCCGCGUCUUCUCCAAGAGGAGCCUGCCCAAACUGCGAGAGCUGUACCAGAGAGUGUUCCAGAAGCCGGCCGACCCCCACUCGGACUUCUCCCGGCUGGCGAGGGUUCUGACGGGCAACGCCAUCGCCCUGGUGCUGGGCGGCGGAGGUGCCAGGGGCUGCUCUCAGAUUGGCAUCAUUAAGGCCAUGAUCGAGUCGGGCAUCCCCAUAGACCUGGUGGGAGGCACCUCCAUCGGCUCCCUGAUGGGGGCGCUGUAUGCCGAGGACAGGAGCACCAGCCGCAUGAAGGGUCGGGCGCGGGAGUGGUCCAUGGAGAUGACCUCCAUGUUCAAGAAGAUUCUCGACCUGACGUACCCAGUGACCUCCAUGUUCUCAGGAGCCUCCUUCAACAACGGCAUCAGUGCCAUUUUCAAAGGCAAACAGAUUGAGGAUAUGUGGCUGCCAUACUUUAACAUCACCACAGACAUCACGGCCUCUUGUAUGCGUGUGCACACUGAUGGCUCUCUCUGGAGGUACAUACGUGCCAGCAUGUCCCUCUCUGGCUACCUGCCACCCCUCUGCGACCCCAAAGACGGUCACUUACUCAUGGACGGAGGGUACAUCAACAAUCUGCCAGCUGACGUGGCGCGCUCCAUGGGUGCCAAGGUGGUGAUCGCCGUAGAUGUGGGCAGCCGCGACGAGAGGGACCUGACCAACUACGGCGACGCGCUGUCUGGCUGGUGGCUGCUGUGGAACCGACUCAACCCCUUCUCACACGGCGUGCGCGUGUUGAACAUGGCUGAGAUCCAGACGCGUCUGGCCUACGUGUGCUGCGUGCGUCAGCUGGAUUUGGUGAAGAACAGCGAGUACUGCGAGUACAUCCGGCCGCCCAUCGACCGCUACGGCACACUGGAUUUCGGCAAGUUUGAUGAGAUCGCAGAUGUGGGCUACCAGCACGGGAAGACGGUGUUCAGCGUGUGGCAGCGCAGCGGGGUGGUGGAGCAGAUUCUGAAGGACUGGCACCAGGAGGAGUUCCACAAGAGCAAGAAGAGUAACGUGCUCACCUGCCCCAAUGCGUCCUUCACUGAUCUGGCAGAGAUUGUGUCUCGGAUAGAGCCGGCCGUCAAGCAGCCUGCCCUAGAUGCAGAUGAAUCGGAGUACCAGACUGACUAUGACGAGAUGCUCUCCGACUUCGACUUCAGCGAGCACACUGAGGAUGAGACAGCCGACACAGGAGACACAGAUGAGGACAUGGGAUUGAGGCUCCCACGUUACCGGCUGGCAGACCCCACAUCCUCAUUUCUAGGAUCAUGAGAUGCGGCGACUGUCUCCACUCGGAAGCGGAUGAAUGUGCACCCUCUGUUGUCAUUAGUUAUCCAUAAAGUAGUUAUCAGUGCAAUACUUUAUUUAAUGAAUUUAUUAUAUUCUUCUAUUUUAUACCUAAUUGAAGGGGUUUUCCUAGUGCAGUAACUUUUGGGACAUUGUUCCCUGAACAGAGAUUGACUUGUCCAGGACAGGCAAAAGGUCUGAUUCAGGCGGAGAUGAUUAGUCCUAUUGUGUCUGAUUUCAGUGUGAACCUGGAGGUUUCUGGUUAGUUGUUAAAUUAUUUGGGGUACUUACUCACUGGAGUUGGAAACAACAUUGGAGAAAAAUGGGAACUUGAUAAGAACAUGUAAUCUGGCAUUAUAAGGUGUCAUUUUUACAUUCAGGUGAAAUUUGAAUACUUGGUGGUAUAUAAGGCUGCCACCGCACAGUUACACUACACUACACUUCACUAGUACACUACACUAAUACACUACAGUAUUUUAUAUGUGCACAGUAUGUUUACUGUUCUCAAGUUGGUCUAAAAAAUACAGUACAUGUGUCCUGUUUAUGCAAAGUUUUGAUGUAUUUUUAGGUGUUCAAAUAGUUACAUGUACAUGUUGGUAAAUAGUUUUAACAUUUUACACAAUACAUGCCUAAUCUAAAGCCUAAUAUCAAUGCAAUUUGUCAGUGUUUCGAUGCUGACACCACUGUGAUUUUUUGAUGGCUGCUAUUUUUAAUGUGUUAAAGCAGGUCAAAGAAUCAAAAAGGGAAAGACACCACUUGUGCUUAUUUUGUUUUAUGAUGACUGAAAGGUUCGAAACAAAUCAUUUCACUUUGUUUUUGUUGUUCUGAUUGUUACACAGAUGCCAUAUGUAUGCUGAACAGAAUGAGUCAUUUCAUAAGCUAAUCAUUUUAACGAGGGUAUUUGUUUGUUUGUAAUUAAAUUGUGUGCUUGCCAUUGCCUUUAUGGGGGUAUUUAGGAUUUCCCAUAUAAAACUAAUCCAAUACAAAA